AAUUCCCGUUGCUUCCUUUGGUGCUCAUCUAAACAGCACUUUGUCCUUCCUAAUCAGAUUAUUUUCUACAAAGUAAUAUAUUCUGUCCCUUUUGGCAGUACAAUGGCUAGAGCUUCCCUAGGUGCAGUGCUUCUUUUAUUCAUCUGCUCUUUCUGCAUCAAUAUGCCUUGUUCAUUAUCAGUUUUUAGGAGAAAAGUCGAGGCGACACAGUUUCUGAGGAUUCAUAAACGUGCCAACCAGUUCUUGGAGGAGUUUCGCCCAGGAGACCUGGAAAGAGAAUGCAUUGAAGAAAAGUGUUCAUUUGAGGAGGCAAAAGAGAUUUUUAAAUCACAGGAAAAAACGAUGGAGUUCUGGUUUGAUUACAAAGAUUUAACUCCUUGUAAAGAGAAUACUUGUAAGAAUGGCGGAGUCUGCAAAGUGAAAUACUACGUUUAUUCCUGUACUUGUCCCCCAAGGUUUGGAGGGAGUCAUUGUGAAAUAGAAAAAGUUGACUGUUGGUACAAGAAUGGUGGCUGCUGGCAAUAUUGUCAAGAUACUGAACAGUCGCUUCAUGUGAUCUGCUCCUGUGCAUUGGGAUACACUCUAAGUGAAGAUGGGAAGAGGUGCAUGCCAUCAGAUCGUUUUCCUUGUGGACUGGUUAAAAAAUCCGCACGCUCUUUUGAGGAUGAAUCAGUUGAACACAGGCAGCUGAACACAACUAAUACUUGGGAUAAUCCUGGGCUGAACGAAACAGUGUCUGAGGAAAACCUCUGGAAUCAGACGUCAGCUCAAGCUUUCUCAGUGGGUUUGAACCAGACAAUGGUGGAAGGAGGGACAGAGGAAGAAAAUGUGGAAGAAAUGUGGGGAAGCUUCACAGAAGGAGAAUUGCAAACCCAGCUAAACUACAACUUCACUAGUGCAGAGGAUGGGGCCAGAGUAGUUGGAGGCACUUUCUGUCGCCCAGGAGACUGCCCUUGGCAGGUACUCAUCCAAAAUAAGAGAGGAUAUGGUUUUUGUGGGGGCAGUUUAAUCAGCAGUCAAUGGGUACUCACUGCAGCACACUGCCUCGAUACUGUUGCUCCACAUCAUGUUACUGUAGGAGACUUUGACAAAUACCAGAGAGAACGUGAUGAACAAAAAGUUCGAGUGCGACAGUUCUGGAGACAUCCUCAGUAUGACUCAGAUAAUUACAACAAUGACAUUGCAUUGAUCCGCCUGACCAGCGAUGUUGUCUUCAGCCAGCAUGUACUCCCCAUCUGCCUCCCCAGUCCUAAUCUUGCUGCUUUGCUGAUCGAAGAACAGAGUCAAGGAAUGGUUAGUGGAUGGGGUGCUACUCACACCAAGGGAAGGUUAACUCGCUUUCUCAUGAAAGUCAAGUUGCCUGUUGUGAGCAUGGAGACUUGCAGGCAAUCAACAGAGAAGGUCAUUACGGACAACAUGUUCUGCGCAGGCUAUGCUGAGGAAGGCCGGGAUGCUUGCGAAGGAGACAGUGGAGGCCCUUUUGCUGUAGCGUAUCGCAACACUUGGUAUCUCCUGGGGAUUGUCAGCUGGGGUGAAGGCUGUGCUGAAGUGGGGAAAUAUGGCGCCUACACCAGAGUAUCCAACUACAUUUCAUGGAUAAAAGAAAUGAUUGAAAGUGCAACUGAUUCUGGAGGAUUUUUAAAUUCCUUGAAAUGAAAGUUGCUUUGUAUGUAUAUAAAAAAUAGUAUUUGCACAUUUCAUUAACUAUA